UCUUACUUUUUCAUUUAUUUGUGGGUAAUUUUGAAAUAAUUUUCACUUUUCAUCUGUGAUUAUUCAUCAAGUUUUAGAAGUUAUUCCACCACCGAAAGACCUGCCAGACUUUCUAAAGAAGGAAAAAACAAAUCCAGUUAUUCUGCCAGCCCCACCACAACUUCAUCCGCUUCCGUUACAGCAACCAAAAAUAGUUGUUGCACCACCAACUCCAUGUACUGCCAUAAGUCCAACUGAGUCGUCUAGUUCACAUUUUCCAUUACCAGGAAACAAACCGGCUGUAUCCGAUUCUGCUGGAGUUUCAACUGUUGAGGAACCGUCCAUGGACAAUGCAUCUGCGAAAAUUGCUGUAGUGGAACAAAAAACAGUAUCAAUCAGUUUGUCGGAUGCUGAACAUCAGUUGGAGAAGUUAGAGAAUGCAGAGGAAGAAUCUGGUGUUUUAGGAUGGUUGCAGAAACGUGUUAAUAACUCUAGCUUUUUGUCGAAAGUGGCAGAUAAAGCUAAGACCAGUAUGGACUCUGUGUUGACCACACUUGAUCCAGGAAUGAAAGAUUUUUUGAAACGGGAAGGAAGUAUUGAUAUUGUAAUUGCAUCUGACAAUAUGCGAGUUGUUACAGCGAUUGCUGAUGGAUUUAGAAAAGUUUUUACCACAGUAACACAUAGAGGUAUGGGUACACCAGGAGCUACUCAUCUGCACUCACAAAUUGUAGGAUAUUCAAUGGCUCUAAAGUACAUGAAUGAACGUAUUACAUUGUUACGGGCAAGUGGUCUUGCAACUCCGAAGUCUGCAGUAGUGGUUUUUCAGCCCUUCCUACACGAAAUAGAAGGUGAAUGGUAUGAUUCUGCGGUUAUCGGAGUUCAGAAAAAUACUGCUAUAAUCCACGUGUUUACUCAACCCGUCCAGGUUGAUAGUGCAGUCGUGAAUUUACUAAAGAAUAACUGUAGCAAAGACAGCCCAGCAGGCACUUUUGGGAAAACAGUUGGUGAGGCAUACGCAGAAGUUUACGGAAUAGAUGCUGACGAUUGGCAACUUACACGGUAUUCAGUCUCUUCGUCAGAGCUGUACCGGACAUCGGCUGCUAUGGUUGCUCACUGCUUCAAAGAGAAGUACUCGCGCCCGUAA